CUCAUUUACCGACGUGAGUUGACGAGGUUCGGUCCCACAAAAAAAAAAAAAAAAGGGACUUGGCGAGGGUUUAAGAGCCCGAGCAGAGCAGAGUACUGGCAAGCAGCGGUUACUGCAACGUCCUUCGUUGUCCCUGCGCGAACGAUCAUGACGGAGACGGUGAGACUUCGACUGGUGUUCGAGGACCAGCACAUGCUGAGCAAGUCGAAGAAGAAGGAGGGGCUCCAGCAAAGCUGGUGUCUGCUAAAACCCCAAGCCAACACCAUCUCCGAUGUAGCCUCCCAUAUUUUCGACACUUUCCACCUGCAUCGGACUUGCCCCAAUGGCAUAAUCCUCUCCAUGGAUGGUUUUGUUUUACCGCCUUUUGAAUCACGUGCCAUUUUGAAGGAUAAAGACAUAGUCUGUGUGAAAAUAAAAGGAAGCUCACCUACUGCUUCUGAAGCUGCAAUGCUGACAUCUACACCCCAAGGGCUUCUAUGUGUAGAGCUUCCCAAGCUUCUUGCAAACGAGAAGUUUCAAGAGGAGACUGGAGGAUAUGAAACCGUGUCUGAAGAGGAUGACAUUGACCCAUUUAAAGACACAGUUUAUCUUGAAUCUAAAUCACCAAACAAUGCAGUCUCAAAGAAAAGAAAGGCAACGAAGAAGCUCAGGGAUUCGAGGAAGAAGAUUAAGUUAUCAUCUUGUGUAAAGUUGGCUGUCACUCCUGGGGAAUCUUUGGAGAACAAUGGAAGCUUUCAAGGUUGCGGUAUUCAUCACCAAUCAAUUCUUGUCAACAAGAACAAUGGCGAGCCUUCUAAUUUAUCUAGCCAGCUAGAUAAGUCAAAAACCAUCGAUAUUCAAAAACAGAGCAAUGGAAUCAGUGAACCUAUGCCCAAUGAAGCAAGGUUCUCUCAGGCCCAAGAUGAUGGCAAGGGCAAUGUUGAUAUAUCGAAUUCACUUACUGGAACUAAAAAGUUGCCUAGCAGAAGUGCUCGACGGAAGAAAGCUCAGAGACAGCGGUUGAGGGAACGGUUAAAAUUACAAAAGGAAAAGAAGGUCCAGAUCCAUCAAAGUCCAUCGUCUGAAAAGAAUGUGCAAGAAGUUCCUGUCAAAGAUAAUAGAAGCAUAGCUUCCAAUGCACAUCAAGAACCUGUUGAAGAAAGUGAUGCAGAGGAUGACGUUGUUGCUGUGGAAAUUAGGCCAGGGCACAUUCGCUUCGAACCUCUUGGCAAAAAUCAUGCAGCUCCCCCAAAUCAAUUUCCAAUGGAAACAUUUAGGUGGAACAGAACCACCAACAAGAAGAAGAUGCAGAAAUGGGGUAUAGAGAAGACCACAUUCCAGAAAGUGGAUGAGUACAAACAAUCCAGUCAAGAGUGGUCCCGCGUUCAGAGUGCUGAGGAGAAGGAUGCACUCAUGCCCGUAGACUUUGAUAAGCUUAUAUCUUAUACAAGCUUGCCUAAGGAAGGGGAUGUCAUAGCAUAUCGAUUAAUUGAAUUAUCAUCAUCAUGGACACCCGAGAUCUCCUCCUUCAGAGUAGGGAAGAUAUCAUGGUAUGAUCCUGGACUAAAUAGUAUUCGGCUGGAACCAGUUCCUGAAUAUCCAUUUGAUUUUGGGAAGAAAGUAGAUGAGGAGGUGUCUUCUUUGCAGCCCGAUUCAUCCGCUUACGGGGAAGAUGGUUCUUUAGAGGUAGAUUAUUCAUCACUCGUUGAUGUGCGAAUGAUUAAGCAUGAAAACGCAGAGUUAGCAAAUGCAGUUACUUCCGUUGAUGUCUUGGCUGAUCUGACAAAAGCAACUGAAAGGAGUGACGAACUUACGAGUGACCAAAUUGCUAUGCAAAGUUGCCACCCGCACAAGGAAAGUGAAGGUCAUACGCCUGCUAAAGAAAACAGGGAGGUAAACGUGUGGGAUGAAAUUAACGAGGCACUAACAAGAAAGAAGGCCAAUCUGUCUCAGGAGAAUGGAUGGAAUAAACAUCAGAAUUCAGGCUCGCGAUCCUGGUCUCAUAGAUCUUCGAGAUGCAGUGCACUAGGUCCGACGGUGGCACUUUUAAGGGCGCAAAACGGUCUUGGAGGAACAAGCCAGCAAUAGGGCUGUGUGUGAUAGUCUUUUGUGUUCCCGUUCAAGAUAUUAUUAGAUGCAUUUUGCUACCGUGGACGUACAUUUAACCAACUGAUCAUCCGCAACGGAUAUCAAGUAUCCUGUUUCUAUCAUAAUAGUGGGACAGUAGUUUGGUGGCCUAUUCUUAUAAUCCAUCCUUCGAAGACUUUAUUAGAUGCAA